CCCACCAAAAAAAAAAAAAAACUUUUCUCUUCCUUCCUUGGAAAGAAGAAAAUCCCUCCAAAGAAACUCUAACAAACCAGUCAGAGAGCCUUCACACCACCGAAGAAGAUGGACCAGAAGAAGCUGGUGAAGUUCUUAGGAGCUUUCUGGAAGCCGUUUUCACCCACCAAAACAUCAGGAAAUAAGAGCACAUCUAUCGGUCAGAUUGCAGGGGGCCGUUGGACAGACACCGUCACGUGACCCCCGGUGCCAAAUGGUCUUCCGGCAGCGGCUCUCAUCAAGGACCGGAGAACAACUAGACGCCGCCACUUCUCUCGGAAAUGCAGAAAACGACGUACUACGACAACUCCUCGGCGCUUUUCGGUGGCUACUCGUCCUACCAGGUGCAGGGGGCGGCAGCGGCGGCGGCGGCUGCGGCGGCGGCCAACGGCUUCGGCGGCUACGAUGCGCCGGUGCCGGUGUCGCAUCACCAGCCGGCUUUCCAGUCGACGGCGCACCUGGACGUGGAGUCGUACCAGCGCUCUGCCUGCUCCCUGCAGUCACUGGGCGGCGGGGCCGGGACCGGCCACCAGCAGCAGCUCGCCAAAGCCAAGGAGCUGAACGGCAGCUGCAUGCGGCCCAGCCUGCCGCCCGAGCACCAUCCCGGCUCACAGGUGUCACCCCCCGCGCCCAACAACCCCAGCAACGGCAGUACCGGGCCGCAGCAGCCGGGGGGCAGUGCCGGGGCCUCCUCGGUGGGGAAAUCGGGCCCCAGUAAGUCGUCCAACUCCUCCUCCUCCACCUCAUCCUCCUCCUCGUCCUCCUCCUCCUCGCUGCCCCCCAACCCCGCCCUGGCCAAGCAGAUCUUCCCCUGGAUGAAAGAGUCUCGACAGAACACCAAGCAGAAAAACUGUUCGCCCAGCAACAGCUCUGGCAACGUGUCGGGAGGAGCUGAGAGUGGAAGCGGCGGUGAGAAGAGUCCUCCCGGUGGUUCAUCGGCAGCGUCGAAGCGAGCCCGCACAGCGUACACGAGCGCCCAGCUGGUGGAGCUCGAGAAGGAGUUCCACUUCAACCGCUACUUGUGCCGGCCGCGCCGCGUCGAGAUGGCCAACCUGCUCAACCUGUCCGAGCGCCAGAUCAAGAUCUGGUUCCAGAACCGCCGCAUGAAGUACAAGAAGGACCAGAAGUCCAAGGGCCUGGGCUCCAGCUCCGGGGGCCCGUCCCCCACCGGCUCCCCGCCGUUGCCCAUGCAGUCCUCUGCUGGCUUCCUCAACUCCAUGCACCCCAUGGGAGGGGGAGGCGGGGGAGGCGGGGCGGGCUAUGACGCCCCAUCACCGCCAUCCUUUGGGAAGCCCCACCAGGGCGUCUCCUAUUCCAUGUCCACUGCCUACCCCAAUGUGCCCAUGAAGGGCUGCCCUCCCCAGCAGAAGUACGGCGCCCCAGCCCCGGACUACGCCGACCCCCACCCCCACCACGGCCUGGUGCAGGCCAACAGCACCGGCUACGGGACGCCCACCAACAUGCAGGCCAGCCCAGUGUAUGUGGGUGGGGGCAACUACGUGGAGCCCAUGCCCGGCUCAGGGCCCUCGAUGUAUGGCCUGAACCACCUCGGCCCCACGCCCCCCCACCACCAAACCAUGGACUACAACGGCGCGGGGCCAAUGUCGGCCACCAACCAGCACCACGUGGGCGGAGGGGGGCCCCCGGGCCCCUGCGACCCCCCCCGCCACCCUACGUACACGGAGCUGUCGGCGCACCACACCUCGACUCAGGGCAGAAUCCAGGAAGCACCCAAGCUCACCCACCUGUAGCAGGUUUGAACCAAGUAACAGCGUAGGAAAUAGUGAAGACGACAGAACUAAAACACAACACGACUCACAGACUCACCGACCGCAGGCUCGAGGGCCGCAGCGGGCUCGAGGGCCGCAGCGGGCUCGAGGGCCGCAGCAGGCACAGAGAGAUGGCCAGGGGAGGAGCUACAGUGGUUUUUUAACAGCGUCAGUAUUUCUGAGCUGAGGUUUCCAUUUGAUUUGCCUUUAAAAAAAAAAAAACCAAGGCCACGUCCAUCAUGUAAUCACAGUCAGGGAGAAACACAUAAAACACUACCACACUACAAACGGAUUAAAGAGGAACUACUUCAUGUUUAAGUCAUUAAAAAAAAAAAAAAACAGUAAUAUUGUGAAACCAUUUU